GUUUAUUUAUACAGAAUUAAUAAUAUUUUGAAAAUGGAAGAUGAAUUACCAAGUUACGAAAAAGCUGUUAAGACUGCAGUAUUACUUCUGAAUAGGAUAGAUAUUGAUCCUCUAAUUAGAAGUGGUGAUAAUAUUAUAUGUAUGAAUUUCAGGGAAUUAACGGAGAAAGCUAAUUUAUGGUUGUCAAAACAUAGAAAUUGUAGGGUUAUUAAUUGUGAAACAUUGAGUACACCCUACAUUAAGAAUAAAACUCAAAGUCAAAAUUCCCAUUUUAUACCUUGCGAAGAAAAUAUUCUUGAUAUUGACGGAGAAUAUCUGCCGAAAUGCCAUUACUGUCUUUUAAAGAGAUUAAGAGUUUAUAUUCGUUCAAAAACUAUUUACGAUUCUGAUGAAUUAGAUGAAAUUGAUUUUAUUAAUUUUCAUAUUAAUUACUCAAACUAUGAAAUGUUAGAUAAUGAUAACACAUUUUAUAAUAUCUGGACUGGAAUACUUCAAUCAUUAAAUCAAUAUUUAAACGAAAAUUCACUUCCUGGUACUAUCAUAAAUAUACAAUUACAAUUCAUUAAUAAAGAUAAAAUGAACGAUUUGAAUUGUUCCAGAUUUUACGAAUAUUCAAAAGACUCUAAUAAUAGUUCCGUUAUUUUUCUACGAAUAUUUUAUAUAAAGGGAAACAUCAAUCAUCAAAAACUCUAUGCAGAAGAUUUUAUUCCGCAAUUUAUUGGCAAUAAACAAAGUAAGAAGAAACCUAAAUAUGAAAAUAUGACCAGUGUUAUGGGAAGGAUACAAAAAUGGAUUUUUAAUAGACCAAACAUUCAUAUAACUAAUAUUCAAACUCUUUGUGUUGAAUUAUUAAAAGAUUUUCCUCAAACGCUUGGCAGCUAUAAGUCAGACUAUCAUUUUAGCACAUCUCUUCGUAUUCUUCGAGUAUAUUAUACGAUAAAAACACCUAGUCUCUCUAUAUAUCCAAUCAAAUUAACAUUUAAGUGCUUCUUUCCUGGAAUAGUAAGGCCAGAUAGUUCGGAGACUCCGAGGAUAUGCGAGUCAUUGGAUAAAUUAUGGUACAGAGAAGUUAUUCCAUUUGUUAACUAUAACUCGCAUGUCAAGAUUAUUAAUGUAGAAACAAUAGCUUUAGAAGAAAAUUCCAAUACUCACAUCAUGUCCGAUGACAACUGUAAACGUAAAGUUUUACAUGUAAGAGUUUAUUUCGACGGCCCUGUUGCAGAUCCUCCACCUGGUUUUCUUAUGCCUCCUCCAAGUUAUUCCUCAUCAGAUUAUCAUAAAAGUCAAUCAUGUCAGAUUUUAUAA